CAAAAACUUGGGAAAACGAGGCGCCUAGGCGUGGGAAUCUGUCUCUGUUGUACGUCUGUGCUCCAGAAUUUGCUGAGACGGAUUUUCGACUGAGUAUGGCAGCUAUCUACGGGAAUUGGAACGUUGAUUUUUCAGACUUGAAAGCAGAGGCUGCGAGGAUAGAUUAAGGCAUGGACGACUGGUCCUCAGAACCUUCAUCCUUAGUCAAACAAGAGAGCAUCGACGAGACAGAGAGAGUGAGAGCAUCUUGUUCCUCAGAACCUUCAUCCUUAGUCAAACAGGAGAGCAUCUUCCUCAGAAUCUUCAAUAUAUUAUACUUGUUCGUUGGUCUCUUUUUCAAAAGGAAAAGAGGUGGCCUCUUUUUCAAAGGGGAAAAAAGAAGUGUCAAAAGAUCGAUGGGACUCUCAGAAAAGAUGCAGCAACGCCGUAGCUCUAAAUAGAGUGGUGGAUGAGCUUAGAGGAGACCCCAAGCUACAUGCAAGAAAUGGCCAUCUACUUGCUGCAUCAGUUCGAAUCGUUGCCGGUAUUGCUAUGUUCAGAAAUUAUGUGUUGAGUACUUUGAUUCUUGAGUAGAUUCUCGACAGUAUGGGUGUGCACGUACACAGCAGUAGUGGUACUAGUUGUAGUUCUUGUAUUUUUUAAGUUUCAUUUUCAUGCAUCUUCCUGCAUCAGCAACACUGUUCUUCUUGCAUCAGCAUCUCUGUCUCGACGUCAGCUAGGCAGUGUUAGCCUUCGUGGAAUGGAAUUUCACCGAAACCCAGCAAAACCACCACCACCACCAACCAGGAUUCCUUCCGCUACCUCGACAAGCUACGUGUCAACUCGGUAACUAUGAAGAUGUGCAAUGACCGUAUCCUGAAACUCGGCGUAGCACCUCAAUUUGCGGAUAAGAUCCAGAGUUGCUUCCGAUUUCUGGACCGCACUCGUGAGGGGACACUUAGUUAAGAACAGUUUCCAAAUGGUUUUUUUGAAUUUGCUGUGGACGUGAAGGGAAACUUUGCCAAGAAGAGUUUCAAACUGGUUUUGUAGGGCUAGGGCACGCGUGAGGGGAGACUUAGUUAAGAAUUUCAAACUGGUUUUGUUUUUGAGUAUCUAUGAGGAGACACUUUCUUAGUUAAGUACAAUUUCACUAAAGUGGUUUGGUAUGUAUUUCGUCUAGUAGUAAGUUUAGAUUUAGAAUCAUUCACCGCCCAUUCCGAUAGGAAGUGGUUUGAGCAUGAUCCACCUAUUCCUAUGCACGGGGGAUUUACCUAGAGUGUGAGUGCCUCUCCGAGUAAUAAGAGUAGGGUUAUGGUAAUCAUCAAUACCCUCUAAAAACCUUGGGUCGAAUACAAGGUUCUCUCGGAUAUUUGGAGUGAGAUGUUUCUGGGUUUAGAAGAGUUUCUAUUCUUCCUACGAACGAAAGUUACGGCGGAAAAAAUUGCUGAGGAAAAGUUGCUACUGGCGUCUCAACGUUAUGGCUAUGUAUGUAUACGAGUGGUGGAGCCAAUCUAACUAGGAAAUGACCUAAAAAGACUAGGAAAUGAAGCUAUGUCUGUAGAAGCGUAAAUUCUAUUCAUCCACUCCGAACCGCAGGUGUAGUCCUCCUAGUGUAGUCCUAGAGAAAGAAUGCGAAUCCGAAUGCCAAAGGCGCGUAAGCGCACCCCAAGAACCAGAUGAGGCACUAUCUAGUUCCACUUAUAAUCUAGUUCUCUUAAUUCAAAUUCUCUCCCUCUAAUAGCCUCCACCAAAGUUUUCUGAGGCUUGGGAAAGAGAGAAGCAUGUUAGAAGAAGCACUCUGA